CUGACUUCAGUGAGCAUCUGAUUGAGCUAGGAUUGCUCGAAGCUGGAUUUGUACUAGGGAAGUAAGUGGCGCAGCCUAUCUAUGGCUUUACUACUCUACGAUCCCUGCCACAAAGCACCCAAUCAACUGGUGAUUUAACCAUACUGUCUCAAGCAGCUUUUUCCCAUAUAUUCGCUUGAGUCCACUCAUUAACAUCUAUCUAUACCUAUCUAUGCCAUGUCUCAAGCAUUUACCACAUCUGAAGAACCUGUCUUCGAGACCCUCUAUCCCGUCGCCCAUCUUAUCCUCCACCAGCUCUCCCUCAUCGCGCCCCUAAAAACCCUGACGCUCUCCAAAUAUUAUUAUAAGCACACCAUACCCACCCUCUACCACACCGUCACCGUCUGCCACAAGCUUUUCCACAGUCUUAGCCAGCACAGUACUGUUGAAGCAUGGCUCCGCACUGCUGAGGCACUGUCCCGUACACGAAUUCUGCUCAUACGGAGCAUGGAGAGCGCCGUGGUUUCCACUCAUUUCAAUAUUUCAAGUUGUCCUGAUCCUAUCGCCGCCCUAGAAUGGCCAGUGAAGAACUUGUUUUCAAAUGUCAAACGGUUGGAGUACGAUUGGGAAGUCGUCAAUAGCCAAUUCUUGAACAGAUACUCGGUAUGCUAUACUUCUCAAAACGUGGACAACACUCUCAUCCGUCUCCUCCCCUCCAGCUUCCAAGAAACGGUCGCUCAUGUACUCUUUGAUGGAAGGGCAAGGUAUCAUUACGUCCUAGAUGAACUUCGACGAAUCGCAGAGUGUCGUCCGCAAAUGACAACAGUCAUUUUUCACACCCCAUCCAACAACCAAGUGCCGCUCCGAAGCGCAAUCAUGCAGCUACCGUUUAUUUGGCCCUACAGCCGUAUCCGAAUUAUCAUCUCCCUUAUCAACGCACCCUAUGAUACCAAAUGUCCCCGAUGGGAGGAUGAGGACCUGAUGUCCCUAGUGUGUGGGGUAUGGAAGAGCGCGGUAGCGCUUGAUAAUGUAGUGUACAAAGCAAAGACGUCUGCCAGCAUUGCGCUGGGACCUGUGGUGAAUAAGAUGGAGAUAUAUAUGUCUCAGGCGGAGGAAGCGGAAGCAUUGUUUGCGCGAUUAUAUUCGGAGAGCCCGGAACCGCCGAGGUUUAUGUCAAGGAUUGAGAAUGUUACCUGGAACGACUUUGCGGAGGAGUAUAUCGACUUUGUAGAACUGAGUGAAGAUGUGUUAGGGAUAUACGGACUGCUUGAGUGAGAGUUCAACGAGCGAAAAGCAGUAUCGUACGCAUAUCGUGACUGAAGCUUUGAACAACAGAGCCAGUCACAAUAACGACAUGGAACGAUGAAGCACGACAGCCGCAAAAUAGAAAUAUACAUACAUUCAUAUAAACAUGCAUACACGUGCAACCCCC